CACCUCUCAUGCCCAGCUGACGCUCCUACACCUAGGACGAGUAGAAGAGGGGAGACAAACGUCGCUCACGCUCGCGCUCGCUCUCGCUCGCGCUCGCUUGUCUGUCGCUGGAUCACUGGCCUAGACGACGCUCAUCCACAGCCUGACCACCCACAACUUAUCAUAAUCCAUUCCAGUGUUCUACUACUUCAGCUGUCUCUUCCUCCUCCAUCCCCCCCAUCCCAUCUCCCAUCGCAUCUUGUCUCACACACAUCAUGUCGAUCCGCCACUCGCGCUCAGAACACUUCGUGCCAAGUAUGCCCAGCUCACCAAGCACCUACUCGGGCAGCUACGAAAAGCACAGCUUCAACCUCGCCCGCACGGACAGUGCCCAGCGGUCGGGCUCGGGACGGAGUAGUCUCUCACUCCCGCCCGUGCCCUUCCAAUUGACAUCUCAUGAGCGUCUACUCCUUGCCCGCCAGAACCUCGGGUCUCCCCAUGCUAUCGUCCACGCCGUCCGGUAUCCGCUCGCCGAGCUGCCGACCCGCGGCUUUCUCGAGGUCCGGGUCAGUGACCUCCAGUUCCGGUUGCCCCGGCUCAACGUCUGCGUAGCCGGACCCACUUCUCCCCAGCCCCGUUUCGAGAACGGCGCACCAUGGGCUGCCAAGGAGAUCGUCCAGGAGGGAGUGUUCGCGCCCAACCCGCACAACGACCUCGACACCGAGAUGGCCACCGUCCUCCAGACCCAAGAGGAGUCGUUUGCCUCUCAGGACUUUGACCACGCGCCAAUGUUCCGCGUUACCCUCCUCACCUCCCCUGAUUGCGAGUACGGCUACUUUGUCGCCUGCUUCAACCACGUCAUGGUCGACGGCCGUGGCGCCCUCCGCCUCGUCCACCUCCUCACCGCGCACGGCGUCAACCUCCCGAUCGAGGCAUUUGAAAAGCCUGCCCGUCUCGACGAUACGCUCGACCUCAAGCCAGAUGCACGCUACCUUGCCCCAAUCGUUUUCCGUGAGAUAAUCGUACCCAAGCUCCCCAAGCCGCUCCAGAAGAAGUGGAAGGCCAAGGACCCGUGGCCCGGAGAGCGCAUCGGAAGCCAUCCCACCGAUGCGCCCGCGUCGCUCAGCUUUGUCCGCGUAAGCCUCGAGGUCGUCGAGGGGUGCAAGAGGGCUGCCAAGGCCCGCGGCGUACGUACCUUCCAUCCUGUCCUCAAGAUGGCGUACAUGGCUGCCCUGUGGCGCGUGUUCGGACCCGGCUCGACCAGCACAGGCAACAGCCUCCGCCUCGUCGCCCUUUCCAGCCGCGACGAGCGCCGCACCCGCUCCGGCCACUCGGCGAUCACCGGUUGCUACAUCACCAACCCCGAGUACUACACCAAGGUGUCGGGCGAGCAGAAGUUCUGGUCCGUCACCCGCACACUCGCAAACUGGAUGUGUGACCGCGGCGUUUUCACCGGCCGCUACAACAACGGCCUCCUCUACGAGAUUCCCGACGGUCUUACCCCAAUGGACCCCAACUACGACCCGGCGCAGCCAACAGGCUGGGAGCAGUACGUUGCUGGGCGUGCUGCUGCUGCUGCCCCCUUCCGUAACUCGAUUGGCCUGCACAACCUCGGCAUGGCGACGCUGCCACAGGGCGCCGAGGACCAUGCUUGGAGCCAGACCGCUUCCCCGUAUGCUCCCGUCUGGAACAUCAACAUUCUCUCGCACGAGGGUGGACUCCGCCUCUCGGCAGUGUACCGAGACGGCAGUGCUGUCACCAAAGCCCAGACGGAUGCCCUUUUGCACAUCCUCCAGGUUGUCCUUGAGCGCAUUGCGUUUGACGAGUCGGACACGACCAUCGAGCGGUUGACGGCGUAAUCUCAGUAGCUGGCUCGAACACACAUACCUCGCAUCUCUCGCCCCCUUCACGCCCAUAUCAUCCCCCGAAUAAUGCCUCGCCGUCCUUUGAGUCUGAUCGGCGUCUGUUGUUACUAUAUUUGGGAUAUCAAUGCAUAAAUGGUUAUCGCCUGG